GGUAAAAGUGAAAAGCAGGUGGGGGGAAAAGAGAGGGGAAAAAAAGGAAAAAGUUAACGUUUUCCCGUGGGACGUUCUGAGUCAGUGGUUUUCUCCCCGUGGGAUCAGUGCUUGGUGUGUGGGGAUUUGCUUCUCCCAGGCAUGCUCACAGCUUUAUCAAUCAGUAUCACAGAGAAACAGCAGAUGGAUUCGACAUACGAUCUGUGGUUUUUAAGAAAUCAUAUGUGCAGCUAUUCUCCUCUAGCAGCCACAUCUGCAGGGCAACAUGGCAUUCACAGGCAAAUACGAAUUCGAAAGUGAUGAGAACUAUGAUGAGUUUGUGAAGAAGAUUGGUCUCCCCGCUGACAAGAUCGAACUGGGAAGGAAUUGCAAAAUAGUCACCGAGGUGGUGCAGAAUGGAAAUGAUUUCACCUGGUCUCAGCAUUUCCCAGGAGGACACACCACAACUAAUUCAUUCACUAUAGACAAGGAAGCAGACAUGGAGACAAUGGGUGGUAGAAAGUUCAAGGCAACUGUUAAAAUGGAAGGUGGAAAAAUAGUAGCUGAAUUUCCCAACUAUCGUCAUACUGUAGAGAUUUCUGGAGGAAAGCUUGUAGAGAUCUCCACUUGUGCUGGAGUAGUCUACAAGAGAACCAGCAAAAAGAUUGCUUAAAAAAAAAAAAAAAAAAAAAGUCAGUCUUCUGGCACACUCAAAAAUAAGCAGCAAUACAAAUAAAAACAAUUCUGAUCUAUUCUGA